GUAAAAUUCUCUCUCUCUCUCUCUCCACUUUUUAAAGAUUCUUGAUUGAAGACAAUUCCAUCGCAACUCUCUCUGUUGUUCUUCCUGGCGCAAAUCCAGCAGCAGAAUCUACACCGAAAAUUUCCCCGCGGAUUUCGUUUUCCUUAGAUUUCAUCUAUUACUUCUAAAUUGCAUUUCCCGUCAUUGCGAUUGCCCCAUAAUCCGCCUGUGUGUGUGUGUGUGUGUGUGUUACAUCACAGUUUUAUCAGCUUUUCCACCAAUGUAUCAGAAAACUAGGGUUACCAAUAGUCCCAGAUUUUGGGUUUCAUUUUUCUGAUGAUAUAGCGUAUAGGGUUUUAAUUCAUUCAUUAAAUUCAUUUUUUUUCUUCUUGUUAAAUUAUAAAUUUAUAUUUAGUAUAUAAAUAUUAUUUUGUUGAUACAUGAUAACGGGAAUUAGGGUUUUUCUUUGAGGAAAAUAUUUUACCAAAUAAAUUUGGGAGUUUGGAUGAUCUAAGUGGUGGACUUCUAAGGAUCCGAGGAUUUGGUGAUCUAAGCUGUGGAUGAUUGAUUGAGAAUUUGAGACUUCUGUUUCGAGAUGUUGAAUUAUUGGGUUGAAAUUUGAAAAUAAGAAAGAGUUAGUUACUGUGUUUUUUGGAGUUUCGAGGACAGUUUUGAUUUUGGGCAUCCAAUUAUGGAUCAUGUGAUUGGUGGGAAGUUUAAGCUUGGGAGGAAGAUCGGUAGUGGAUCUUUCGGCGAGCUCUAUUUGGGAGUCAAUGUACAAACUGGGGAUGAGGUUGCGGUGAAGCUGUUAGUACGCCUUAUCUCUAAUAUGAUGUGUUUCAAUUUUGGAAGCCCUUUUACCUGGGGCUUGGAGUCAGUCAAGACAAAGCACCCUCAGCUUCACUAUGAAUCAAAAUUGUACAUGCUUCUGCAGGGAGGAACUGGUAUUCCCCACAUCAAAUGGUUUGGAGUUGAAGGUGAAUACAAUGCCAUGGUCAUUGACCUUCUUGGGCCAAGUCUAGAAGACUUGUUCAACUAUUGUAAUAGGAAGUUCACAUUGAAAACAGUUUUAAUGCUUGCAGAUCAAUUAAUUAACAGAGUUGAAUAUAUGCAUUCAAGAGGUUUUCUUCACCGUGACAUAAAGCCCGACAACUUUUUAAUGGGGUUAGGGCGCAAAGCAAAUCAGGUAUACAUCAUUGACUAUGGGCUCGCAAAAAAGUACAGGGAUCUUCAAACACACAAACACAUACCGUACAGGGAGAACAAAAAUCUCACCGGCACAGCUCGUUAUGCAAGCGUUAAUACCCACCUUGGUGUUGAACAAAGCAGACGGGAUGAUCUACAAUCUCUUGGUUACGUCCUUAUGUAUUUUCUGAGGGGAAGCCUUCCCUGGCAGGGUUUGAAAGCUGGCACUAAAAAGCAGAAAUAUGACAAAAUCAGUGAAAAGAAGAUGCUUACACCCAUAGAGCAGCCCAAUGGAAAAUUAGCUUUGAACCCAGGACCAUCUGUGGAAAAUACAGAGAAGACCCCAGUGAAGCAAGAGUUUCGAGAUAGAUUCUCUGGUGCAGUUGGGGCAUUUGCCAGAAGGAGUGGCUCUGGUGGUGGCUUGCAUGGGGAUCACUCGAGGCACAGGCCUUCAGAAGAUAUACCAUCAUCAAAGGAAGUGCGAGUUGAUUCUCAAAGAGGUCGCAUCUCUAGGCCCAGCAGUGCCUCAAAGAGAGCUGUUGUGUCAAGCAGCCGGCCAAGUUCCUCUGGUGAACCUAGUGAAAAUAGACCUAGUCGUCUGGGCUCCAGCAGUGGUCGGUUGUCCACUUCCCAAAGGAUCCAACCUGGGAUCGAGUCCAAAUCAUCAUCAUUCACUCGAGCUGCAGCCACAAGAGGCGAGCGUGAUGAUACUCUUCGAAGCUUCGAGCUACUAACCAUUGGCACGGGAGGAGGAAAUAAGGGGUACUCGGUUGCUGAUGGGAAUCAGUAA